UUCACGUCAAGCUCUGUGACCCAUGCAAGAGGGAAAAAAAACAUGGAUAACAACCCCUUUCCCCUUCCCAUACUUUAAAAAAGGAGGAAGGAGCAAAAAAGGAAGAUUGGAGAAUCAAAGAAAGUCUCUGCUGCUGCUGCUGCGCACUGAACGGUUGUGUGUUGUUGUGCUUUUGGUCAGGCAUGGGGGGGCACUCCUGCUGCUACAAGCAGAAGCUGAGGAAGGGGCUGUGGUCGCCGGAGGAAGACGAGAAGCUCAUCGAGCACAUUUCCAAGUACGGCCAUGGGUGCUGGAGCUCUGUUCCUAAGCUGGCAGGGUUGCAGAGGUGCGGGAAGAGUUGCAGGUUGAGGUGGAUCAAUUACCUGAGGCCUGAUCUCAAGAGAGGGACGUUCUCGCAGCAGGAGGAAGAUCUGAUAGUUCAGCUCCAUGCCGUGCUAGGGAACAGGUGGUCGAAGAUUGCGGCGCAUUUGCCGGGGAGGACGGACAACGAGAUCAAGAACUUGUGGAAUUCGUGCAUCAAGAAGAAGCUGAAGCAGCGGGGGAUCGACCCGCACACGCACAAACCGGUGGCGGACGGCGGCGGCGGCGGCGGCGGUGCUGCGGUGAGCAGCGAGAAGAAUUCGGCGGCGUCCAGUGACAUGCAGGUGCCGCCGGCGGGGACGAAAGCCGAGGUGGUGUUGCAUGAGCUGACGCAGGCGGCGGCGGAGGAGAGCAUCACGUCGGGGACGGGGAAGGAGGUGUUGUUGGACCAGUUCCUCGCCGGGCACGAAACUGCGGGCUCCGGCGGGUGUCGGUCUUCGCUAGGUUACUUUCCCUUCGGCCUCGCCGCCGCGGUCUGGCCCAGCCAGGAGCUUGCAAUGCCUGCCGUCUCGAUUUUCUCGACCUCGAUGGCGUCGGCGCCUCCGCCUACGUGCUUCGACGGCGCCGCCGUGGGGAACUGGUUCGAAAGGGAUUGCUUCUCCGGCGGCCGCCGUAGCGGCGCCGAGGAAAGCAGAGGCGGCGGCGGCAGCGGUGGCGGGAUGUUCCCGUGGUUGGAGCUGCCGCCAUCCAGCAAGGACAUGCAGGUCCAGCUCGGCGGCGACGGGGAGGAACUCAAGUGGCUGGAGUACCUCCACGGAGCUCUCCCGCCGGCGCCGCAAACUCUGUUUAGCGCGGGAAAUCAGUUCGCCGGCAAUUGCUUCAGCAAUUGGCAGCAGAACCAGCCAUUUCUGCCGCAGCAACAGCAGAUUCAAGCUCCGGAGAUCUACAGCAAGGAUUUCCACCACCAAAUCUGAAAAUCAAAUCCAUAAAAAUCACAAAUUCAGAAGAUAAAGUGAUAAAUUCUUCAAAAAUGGUAAUAAAAGGUUAGUAAAUCCAUGUGCAGAGUGCCAAAAACACAAUCUUCGAAGUCCUUUUUUUUCUCCCUUUUUCUUGGAAUUUUAUUCUUCUAAAUUCUUGUUUUUUACUUGGAAAAUUGUUGUAUCUUGUUCUUGUGCCCAACAAAUUCAUUCAACUUUCUGUCUUCUUUA